ACCAAAACUAGCGGGCAGAGGUAGAUUCACGUGGAUUAUAACCAUGAGCUCCAUAACCUUAUAAAAACUGAUUGCACACCCACUUUACACAGAGACAGAAGUAUGCUAAUAUCAGCUUGAUCGACGUCACGGGUGCUAAACUAGCCAUUUUCGGCGCAUAUGUCCCUAGUUAAUCUAUGUGAAUCCCUUUAUGAUAAAAACUGUGCUGUAGUCCUGGGAGCGCAUCUCUAACGCGAUUCACUAGCUAGCUGUAUUUCUGCAAUGGUAAUUCUGUAUCGUGGUACCGGGGCUGGAGGACUGAAUUGAAAGGAAUACGGGAAUACCCAUAUAACCUCGAGAGCGAUGGAAAAAAACGGAAAUUUCUGAAUUAGAGCCUUGAGUCCAACAGGGCUCUAAAGCCAGGGAGUGUGUGAGGAGCUGUUGUUUUGUGUAAGCUGGAGCAGUAGUCAGUAAAGGAGCAUGCCGUUGGUGAAGAGGAGCAUCGAGCCGAGGCACCUGUGCCACACGGCACUGCCCCGCAGCGUGAAGAAUGAGCUGGAGUGUGUCACCAAUGUCUCGCUCUCCAAUGUCAUACGCCAGCUCAGCAGCCUGAGUAAGUAUGCAGAGGACUUGUUUGGAGAGCUCUUUAAUGAAGCACAUUCCUUUUCCUUCCGGGUCAACUCCCUUCAGGAGCGAGUGGACCGCCUCUCUAUCAGUGUGACACAGCUCGACCCCAAAGAGGAAGAGCUGUCUCUGCAGGACAUUACUAUGAGGAAGGCCUUCCGUAGCUCCACCGUUCAGGACCAGCAGCUAUUUGAGCGUCAGUCUCUACCUAUCCCUCUGCAGGAGAGUUUUGACCUCUGCGAACAGCCACCACCCCUCAAUAUCCUCACAUCUUAUAGGGACGAUGGGAAGCAGGCUCUGAAGUUCUACACUAACCCAUCUUACUUCUUUGAUCUGUGGAAGGAGAAGAUGUUGCAGGACACUGAGGACAAAAGGAAGGAGAAGAGAAAGCAGAAGUUACAGGAUCCCCACUUGUAUGAUCAGGUCUAUAAAUAUUUAGACCUCCCAGGGCAGCUGAAGAACAUCGAUCGUCCUGCCGAACCAGAGAAGGUUCCACGAGCCCCUCAUGACCGCAGGAAGGAGUGGCAGAAGCUAGCCUUGGGGGCGGAGCUCGCAGAGGACGAUGCCGAUGGGAAGCAUCAAGAGAUUGCCAACAGCUCUGCGCCGUACCACAACCCCAGACAAAUGUACAUGGAUCAUCUGGGUGGCUCGUACUCGCUGGCCGCACUGCCGUACUCACAGAUGAGUGAGCUGCUCAGCCAGACAGGGGAGCGUGUGUGUGGACGGCCGCACGAGCCCCCACCUCCUCCACCCUCACACCUGGCCGACGCCAAGCCAGCUUCCGCCAUCAGCUCCAGUUCAGGUUUCUCCGACAGUUGUCCUCAGUCUCCAGCCAGAACUCCGGUCUUCCUAAAUGCCCAUGCCACCCCCCCACCUCCUCCCCCGUUACCACCUCCCCCCCCCCUCCCGUCUACCGUAUCAGCUUCCAGCAUGCGAGGCACACCACCCCCUCCAAUCCCACCUUUACCAUCUCAGCAGCCCCCAGCAAUACCCCCUCCCCCUGCCCCCCUUCAAAUUGCCCCUGGUGUAUUACACCCCGCCCCGCCUCCAGUGGCCCCACCUCUUCACUCCUCUCCAGCCCGCCUACAACAGGAAAAAGUCCUGCCUCCUGGUAAGGGAGAUGGUCCUGUUUUACCCCCUCCUCCCCCACCUCCUCCUCUGCCCCUCCCAGGGGUCAAAAGUUCCUCCCCCUGCCCAUCUGCAGUUCCGCCCCCUGUGCCUUCAUUCCCUGGAGCCGUUUCGUCUCUGCCCACCCACUCAGGCCAUGAGGUCAAGAGACACCCCUCCACUCUGCCACCUAUCAGCGACGCACGCAGCGUCUUAUUAGAAGCCAUUCGUAAAGGUAUCCAGCUGAGGAAGGUCGAGGAGCAAAGGGAACAAGAAGCCAAGCACGAGCGUGUGGGUAACGAUGUAGCCACUAUUUUGUCUCGGCGCAUUGCCGUGGAGUACAGCGACUCGGAGGACGACUCAGAGUUUGACGAGGUUGACUGGAUGGAGUAAGCAAGCUGAAGCGGUGGGGAAGUGGUGAAUUUUGACCAAGGAAGGAUAAAGAAAUUCCAGUUUAAGACGUUUGUCUCAUUUUCUCUUUGUGUCCCCCUCCCAUGGUUGUCCGUGGUACAUUUCAGUGGUACAUUUCAGACUCGCUCUCUUUCCAGAUGCUUCACGCUCAUGUUUUUUACACAACAUAAUUCAACCCGUUGCUGUACUUAAGAUUUUUUAAACUCUUCUCUUGUACAAUUAAUAAAUGAACAUAACGGAGCUGUUUUUAUCUUGUAGCUCGUUUAAAAAAGGUAACAUCCACUAUCUCAUUGUUUGUUUGUAUGAAGUGUUAUAUUAAGGGGCAAUACGGAGCACCUUAUUUAAUUUUAAUGCAAUGCUGCCACCUUGUGGUUGUCAACAAAACUGGAGCGCAUUUUAUUUAGUUUUUAUUUUACAUGCAUAAGUUUCAUAUCUUAAAAAGGCCAGUAAUCCAAGGCACUUAUAAAAACAAUGGUGUGGUGGUGGUGUUUUUUUGUUUUUUUUCUUUUGUUCGUUUGUUUGUUUUUUCUUCAAAAAAAUCUGAUGGUUAUGUUCUGGUAAAAAAAAGAAAUUCAUAUCUCCGAGCAAUAUGUGAUCAUGUCGUGUAUGAUUGUAAUAAGGAAGGAAACGUGGGCUUAACGUUCUUUUUUAAGAUUUAAAAAAGCCUGCGCAGUAAGGUCUGCUUUAUCGAAGGUCUGGACUCAAGGCGGCUCUAGCCUAUAGGGUCUUGCUAAAUUACUACAGGAGAAGACAUGUUAUUCGAUUGCCAGUGCUUUGGUGUGUUAAAGUGAUGAAUAAAAGUGAAGGACCAUUAUAAUUUAUCGUUCAUGCGAUUCAAGUUUGUCAGCCGGCCGGUCAUGAAUGGCCUAUCAUCGACUUGUUCGUGUUUUAAAAGGAAAAAGACUACCGUUCCUUUCUUUAUGGUUUGUAUAGAUGUUCGUUAAGUUUAUGAAUGUACUGUGCCGUUACUACUUUGCCUGCGUUCCUAAGCAUUAGCUGUUUCUAUGUUUCAGACAGAAAAAAAAAUUAAAAUGAAAUAUGAUUUAAAGUGUACACCUUGUAACUUAUGUAACUGUUUAAUGUAACAGUUUGCUUGAAUUAAUAAAAGCUAAUAUUAAGUUUAA